UCAUCAUCAUUGACAUUAUUAGUUGGAAUAUCACAGCGAUAGAUACCAACAGUUGAUAUCACCACUAUCUCCAGCGAAUGGCAGUCUAGUUCCAUCAGGGAAAUACCAGUCUCCACGGUGAGAACCCUCAGUACCACUACAACAUGUGGUCAGGUCAGUAUGACACUGAACACUGUCACUACCACUGGGAUCAUUCCCCACUUCACUGAGGCCGACAUAGGAAUUGUUGGCCAGAGUCUGGCUCAUGAAGGAGACAUAAGGAACAGUCUGAGAGUGGACCUCCACCAGAGACCAGAGGAGACUCAACAGAGACACAAUUCUCAUCAUUGAUCUGAUGCACAUCACUACAACCACUGACUGAGCAACUGAGUUAACACAGGCUG